AUGGCCAACGUCUUAGAUGUCAUCAACGCCACCGGCGAAGAAUGCAUUGUCUGCGUAGAACGAUUCCGCAAUGGUGACAAGGCCGUCGUCUUUGACUGCGGCCACUUCAUGUGUAACGAUUGCCAUGACAAUCUGAUUGCUGUACGUGCAACCUAUGAAGACGACUACCUAGGAGACGAAGAUGACGAUGGGCGUAUUGGAAGAGGGUGCCCCGUCUGUCGCUCGGACGACGAAGUAGCCCAGGUUCAUCAAACCGUAGUGUACUACCGUGGAACACAGGACGACCCCGUGGUCAUCGACGAGGAUUAA